AGCACCAUGCUGGGCGCUGGAGGCGCUGGGCUCGUGCAGGGCCUGCUGGCCGGGACGUGGGCGUGGCUGUGGGGCUCGCGCGGCCGCUCCCUGGCCUUGGCGUCCGCGGCCCGCGGCGGGCGCCACGCGGGAGACUGGCGGCCCUCAGCGGGGCGGGGGCCGCGCGGGCGUCCGCUGAGCCUGGCGGCGGCGGCGAUCGUGAGCUCGGCGCCCCGCCCUCUGCAGCCCUACCUGCGCCUCAUGCGGUUGGACAAGCCCAUAGGAACCUGGCUGCUGUAUCUGCCAUGGACUUGGAGCAUUGGUUUGGCAGCUGAAACAGGUUGUUUUCCAAAUUGGUACAUGUUAUCCCUCUUUGGAACUGGAGCUGUUCUGAUGCGUGGAGCAGGCUGUACUAUUAAAGACAUGUGGGACCAGGACUACGAUAAAAAGGUUACAAGGACAGCAAGUCGCCCAAUAGCUGCUGGAGACAUUUCAACUUUUCAAUCCUUUGUUUUUCUCGGGGGACAGCUGACCUUGGCACUGGGUGUUCUUCUGUGUCUGAAUUACUACAGUAUAGCUCUUGGAGCAGCAUCCCUACUCCUUGUCACCACCUACCCGCUAAUGAAGAGAAUUACAUACUGGCCUCAAUUAGCCUUGGGGUUGACUUUUAAUUGACCAUUACUUGCAUGGUCAGCUGUCAAGGGCUCCUGUGAUCCAUCUUUUUGCCUUCCUCUUUAUUUUUCUGGAAAUAUGUGGACUCUAAUAUACGAUACUAUCUAUGCUUAUCAGGACAAGAGAGAUGAUGCUCUGAUUGGGCUUAAGUCCACAGCACUGCUGUUCCGUGAAGAUACCAAGCAGUGGCUCAGUGGCUUCAGUGUGGCGAUGCUGGGGGCGUUGAGCCUGGUGGGAGUGAACAGCGGUCAGACUGCGCCCUACUACACUGCUCUGGCCGCUGUGGGAGCCCAUCUGGCUCACCAGAUUUACAGUCUGGACAUCCACAGACCCGAGGAUUGUUGGAAUAAAUUCACCUCCAACCGAACAAUAGGACUAAUACUUUUUUUAGGGAUUGUCCUUGGGAAUUUGUGGAAAGAAAAGGAGACAGAUGAAACAAAGAAAAAUACAGAUAAUAGAAUAGAAAAUUAG